AACUAACUGAUAUAUCGAAAACCUUGGGCCAGCUAGUGUUAUCACAGUAAAAGCGUUGUUUUUGAAGGAGGAAAUGGCUUAACAGGCACAAGAAGAGGCGUGGUUGUAACUCCAUAUGUGCACGUAUAUUUUAAAAAAAAAACCCAUCAAAUUACAUUUUCACAAACUAUUCAUAUUGUUAAUUUUUAAAAAGCUAAAAAAAAACCCAUCUAAUAUCUCUCUAAUGUUAAUUCAAUUUAUUUUAUUUAUUUAUUAAGUAAUUUAUUUUUCAUUUUAAAAUUAGUGUCGACCCAUUAAGAUUAGAGUACAAAAAUACGUCCCACAGUCGUUAAAAGCAUCAUUUAAUUGGCGACACCUGCAGUUUGGGGGUGUGUUGGAAACUCCGGAGUGAAAUAUUUGUAAUAUUUCCUUUUUUAAAAUUCACACCAACUUUAAACUUUUAAAACACGAAGUGGUUAAGGAAGCUGUCGCAACUUCGGGCCUUGAAACUAAAAACGUAGUGUCGCAAGAGCCACUUCAGAGGAAAUUUGGCUAACGCUAGCUAAACGCUAGCUAAGCUGGUUGAAAAAUAACACCAACAGUUAUAGCAUUUAAAAGGGGCUAGAAUUAGUGGUACAGUUUGCAUCUAAACUCAAAAAUGGUAAGUAUUUAUUACAUAAGAGAUUUUAAGCCAACAGAAAAAUAGCCAGCUAUUUUAUUUAUUUUUUAACCACUGUUGGUCUUUAGUAAGCUAAUGUUAUUGCGAGAAGCUUGGUAGAGAAACUGAUAUGUCCGGUCAAUAUCUCAUCUGGAAAAACUACCUCACCUUUGAGUUUACACAUUUUGGCAUUUUUAGUGGAAAGUAUUUAUGACCACAAUUUGAGCCCAUAGAAAGAAGCAACAGUGUUUGACUUUGUAAUUUAACAGCGGGAGAUCAUGAAGAGUGUGAGCCACCUGCAGGCCAGCCAGCUGCUCCAUAACAAGUUCAUCGUGGUGUUGGGAGACUCCAUUCAGCGGGCAGUGUACAAGGAUCUUGUUCUGCUGGUACAAAAAGAGAAAUAUCUUUCCUUGAGACAGCUACGGAGCAAGGGUGAGAUGAGCUUUGAACAGGACUGCCUGGUGGAAGGGGGCUGUCUGGGUCAAAUGCACAACGGUACAGAGUACAAGGAAGUUCGACAGUUUCAGUCCGCUCACCAUCUGGUCCGUUUUUACUUCGUGACGCGUAUCUAUUCUUGCUACAUGAAGAGCAUCCUGGAGGACUUCCGCCAUGGUUUGAAACCAGAUCUGGUUUUUGUUAAUUCCUGUGUUUGGGAUAUUUCAAGAUACAGUUGCAGCUGGGUUGAUGACUACAAGGAGAACCUUCAUAGGUUCUUUGACGAGCUGCGUGAGGCUCUGCCAGAGGAAACGCUGGUUGUGUGGAACCUCACCAUGCCCUUAGGAGAGAGGAUCAAAGGUGGUUUCCUGGUGCCUGAGAUUGAGCACAAGGCACCGCAGUUGCGCUACGAUGUGAUUGAAGCCAACUUCUACAGUGGAACUCUGGCCGAUGCCUAUGGGAUGGAUGUGUUGGACCUCCAUUUCCAGUUCAGAUUCUCACUGCACCAUCGAAUGAAGGACGGAGUCCACUGGAACGCAGUUGCUCAUCGCAAGAUAACUUCCCUUGCGUUACAGCACGCUGCAGAGGCCUGGGGUGUGAUAUUGCCCUGUCCUGUGACUGUCUAUGAACACACUGAGGUUGCUGAGGAACAGCCAACCUAUGACAGUGCUCCAAAACACACAGACUGGCGCUUGUCAGAAAUACCUUACAAUGGCUACCGGGCAGAAUUCUUCAGUGAUUCACUCCCCACUAACUACUUUAACUUUGAAAGCCCAUGGCCACAGACGUGUCACUUUGAGGCUGCUGGAACUUCUAGAGCUGCUCUCCCACCAAAACCUCACCACAGAAAUCAGUACAGAGAGACUAGAAAUGGUUUUGACUACAGGCCUCCGCACCGCUUUGAGCCCUACCAGGAGUAUAAUCAUCAGCAUGUGAUGAGAAGCAGGCACUCCCGACACCACUAUGCCCCGUACACCCAACACAGACCCUUCCACUAUGGCUACAAUGGCGGCUACUACUGAACAGUUGUUUUACAAGCAGCAGACCCGUCCAAAUUCUUUUCACUGCGUUGUCUUUUUUUGUAUCAUAGGGACAUUUUUCAUUGUAACUAGAGUCCUGCUUUUUACAUUGACUUAUAUAGGAAACGUCAUUCUUUUUUCUUUUUUUAUUAACCUGUUAGUACAUAUACAGUUUACCCUUAUUAUACAUAUUUAGUUGUCUAAAUUCAAUUUUUCUGUCACCAAGACAUUUUAAAUUUCAGAUUUCAAAGUUUGUAUUUUGUGCUCUAAAGUUAAAAUAAAGUGUUGACUGUUAUUGCUAAAAAAUUUGUAUCAUUAUUCUUCUUGUCUCUUCACAUUUCUCAAAGGUUGGAUAUAGUAUAGAUUUGGUG